ACAGAAAGAAGAGCGCGAAAUUGCCCAGGAUGGACACUUUCAAAGGGGCCCCAGCGGCUAAGUGACUCUCAGGGAAGGUGGCCUUGCCAUCCCAACUUCUAUUUAGGGGCAACCACUAGCAAGUUCUUCUCUUCGGGCAAUUGGAAAGAGUUCCUAUAAGCGAAGUGCAGGUGAUGUGGACCCCUGGAAAAUUUCCUUGCUCCGUUUGAACUUUGCAAUGAUUCACUGCAAGUCAUGUCCACGUGGAAAGCAAGACUCACCAAAAGACUGAAGUCUCCCUCUAGAAGCAUGCAUCCGUUUCCGUGCUCAGCUCUGCUCGCUUGUUUUGGGAAUACGAGGGAGAGUGCUUCCUUCAAUCAGUCCGGCGUGGCUGAUGCUCAUUCCACCGUCCGCGUACAGCCUGUGGCCAAAGCAGGCAGACAGCCAAGACACCCAAGCGCAGAAGGAGCUCCAGAGAAAAGGCAAGAUUCGGGCACCCAUGCAGAGAGAAAUGGCAGUGCGAAUCGGAAUUCAAGUCACCGCACUGCGGCCCAGCCCGCGGAGACGCCUGAAGAUGUGCCCCGGUCCCUGGAUGAUGGGGCGGACUGUGAAGCAGUGGUGUUUCAGGCUUCCAUCCCCAGACCAUCAGUUAUUGACAUGCCCAAGGAAGAAGAAUUUCAAGAAGAACCUAAAUGCCUCGAGCUGGAGCAGAAGAUGACAUCAGACGGCCCACCUGAGGAUAUCGACCCUAAGGACUCAUAUCUCAUUACAAGAAGCAUCAUGGCCGAGCCAGACUACAUAGAAGAUGACAAUCCUGAACUCAUUAGGCCUCAGAAACUGAUCAAUCCUGUCAAAACCUCCCGGAACCAUCAAGAUCUUCACAGAGAACUUCUUAUGAAUCAAAAAAGGGGUCUUGCGCCUCAGAACAAACCAGAAUUGCAGAAGGUGAUGGAAAAAAGAAAACGAGACCAAGUAAUAAAGCAGAAGGAAGAAGAAGCACAGAAGAAGAAAUCCGACUUGGAAAUAGAGCUAUUAAAACGGCAGCAGAAGUUGGAGCAGCUUGAACUUGAGAAGCAGAAAUUGCAAGAAGAGCAAGAAAAUGCCCCCGAGUUUGUGAAGGUGAAAGGCAAUCUCAGGAGAACAGGCCAGGAAGUCGCCCAAGCCCAGGAGUCCUAGGCCGAGGCUGCACCAAGACCUCGUGUGUCUCCCCACAGAGCUGUCUGUGGGUACCUCUGCAAUCUCAGGGCAAAAGCCCCUGGAGAAUGUUCCAGCCAGCAGAGAAUUUUGACUUGCAGUAGGAUUUGGUUUGAUGUUCCUACCAUCUGGGUGGAUGCCUUGCCUGUGACAGCUGCAGUUCCUAUUCGCCAAAUGGAGGGCAGUGCCCCGCACAUAAGUUGGGACGACGGACCUGUGUUCAGAGACUUAACAGGACCAACAAGCAAAACAAGUGAGAACAGGAAAAAGGAAAAGAACACUGGAAUCAAUUCUUGAGAGUUGCACUACUUGGUUUUUCUUCCAUUCCAAGUUUAGUGGGACCCAGAGCCUUUUUUCUUUUAAAAGCUAAAAAAAAAGUUUUAUUUCCUCUUUUUGUUAUCUGUUAGAUAAUUGAGAUCACCUAGAAAUGCGUUUAAUCUGUUCACUCACUGUUUGUAAAUUUUGAGGACCCAGAAUUUUCUUGUUUAAUUUAUACUUUCACCCCUGUUGCAGUUAACACCAGAGAAGGAACGUGAAUGUCGAGCACAGCCACUACCCUUGUUGGCACUAAAUUUAGAAAUAGGGUGAGAAGGUUUAAAAGCCCAUCUUGAUUUUAUUUUCAUUCCUUUUGGUUCUCUGUGUAAUAAUAGCAGGCUACAUAGUGACAUUCCAUUUCCAAGAAGGUACAUCCUGUCUGUUCAUUAAUUGCUUUGAUUACUAGGAGGUUUUUUGUUCAGUUUUGUUUUUAAAUGUCUUGCUGAUCUAGUUCUUUUAGAUGGAAUAACCUUCCAGUCCUUUAGAGAGUGGAACUAGUCCAUAUAACCCAGCUUCAGUAUCAAAAGUAGAAGCCGCCACAUCUUUUCAUUUCUCCAAGAGGAGUGUGGGGAAGGUUCCCAUGACCGGCUGGGCAGUCAGGAUCUCUCUAGGCAUUCUAAUGUGAAAUAAGUAUAGACUGCUCUCAAGGAGGCUUCAUCAGAAGAUGUAUAGCAUUUGAAUGUCUAAUGAUAAUGAAUAUCAUUAGAAUCUAAGCUUUGAAAAUUUCUGAUUAAUGCUCAUAUAUUUCUUUACUUUUUUUUUUCUUGUGAAGAAAGACUUUCACCACUGUCUGAGUGAUGAUGCUGUUGAUAAGGAUGAUGUCAAUGACUACUAUAUUGCAUCUCUCAGGAACAGCUGAUGGGAAGGGAGGGGCUGCUGAGUUCCCUUGUUCUAGCUAGCAGCACGCUCCUCAGAGAGGGUUAUAGACAGCAGCCUCAUUCUCAUGCAAAAUUAGUUUUAAGCUGCUGGUGUGGGCAUCGGUACCUUUUGCCUGGGUGAUACGGAGGAAGUUUUGAGGAUUUAGUAUGCCCUCCAUAGAGACAAUUCAGCCAGUCAUUUCUGCAUUGGAGAGACUUGUCAUACUUUCUUUGAAGACUCAUAGAAAGCUGGAUCUAGAGCUUUUGAAUCCGUAAUUAGCAUAGUAGAAAUUAGCUUUCUAUGGGAAUGCUUUAGUGUUAGCAGUUGACAAUUAGGCCCAUAUUCAAUCUGAAUGGGAACAAAAGUAAAUGCAAUGAUAAUAUACUGCUAGUUAGAGAAACAUGUUAGUUGAUUAUACCUGAAAUGGAUUAUUUAUCUCAUCAGCAAGUAUUAUUUGAGUAAAAUGAGAAACGCGUAAGAAAAAUUGUUGCUCUGUAGUAAUUUGGUUUCGAAGAAUGGAAUGGUAACUAUUUUUUUCCAUCGUUCUUUUGAGAGAAGAAAGUGUGACGACUGAUGAUCUUGAAAAGCCCAUUUCUGAUUGCACAUUGACUAGAAUUCGUUCUUUGUGUCUGUGGACCAGCGAUGCUGUUUGUAAAAUGAAGAUUCGGGACUGGCUCAUAUCUUUUUAUCUAACUAGAUGUCAGAUCUUGACAUCUGUAUUCUCGAAGCAAUUCUGCCACUUGAUUGUAUUCACAAGGGUCCUGAUAGGCUCUGUUAGAAGGACCAAUUCUGUUCCUAGAGCUUAACUAGAUUUCAUUCUUCACUGAAAAAAAAAAAAAAGUUAAUUAAGAAAGCACUUCUUUCCUAAUCUCACUCAAAUCUGCAGAAUUAUUUGUAAUUAGUAAUACAAAAUCUGGCCAAAAGGAGACUUGUAAAUAGCGUAAAGUGGUGUCUUAUGCUAAACGGUGGAAUGUAUAGGCAGAGAAGCUCUUUGAAGUUGUCAGAUGAGCUGGGCUCACAAGCCUGGUUCAAACAGGCUGUCAGUCUCCUCUCACCCCUUAAUACUGUGCAGCCCAAACUCCUAGGACUCCUGAACAUCUGAGCAGUUUUGUGCUUUGAGCCACUUUUUGACAAAAAUGGCUCCAUUUUUCCACAGCGUGGUUUUCUUAAAAUAGUUUAAUGUUUUAUAGUCUCAUAGUAGUAGUGUUGCUUUCUAAGCUAUAACAGUCGACUUUAUUCUUCUACUCUGAAAAAUCUUGACUUGUUUGAGUGUAUAUAAUAUAUAUAAAGGGAGCCUUAAUGGAUUGGUUUUCAUAAUUUAAUAUUUUUUGUAUUUGCUCUUGUAUAAUUGUUUUUAACGGAAAGUAUUAAAGAAUUGAGGGUGGAAUUCUUAGAACCAAAGUUAUUCUUAAUAAAAAUCACCACAUGCUUGGACCAUGCAA